AUGGCCCAUGGGUUGUUUUGGAAUGCCGUCCCGAAGUCGGAGGCGGAAUAUGCCCCUCUAGACCAAGGAUGCUCAUGCGACGAGGAUGAGGGCGCAGACAGGUUUCCGGCCCGUCGAAGCGGCUGGUCCCAAACCACCAAACGACUCGUCCAGGUCUUUGUUGUCAGCCAGCUCAUCGUUCUUCCCGCCGGGGCGGUUAUAUGGUGGUUGAACCGCCAGGCACCAAUGAACAUGUACUUGAAGAAGGUAUCCUCGUACUCUCCGCUGCUCAAUCAGAUUGAAAUCCCGAUGACACUCCGCUUUGAUGAACCACAAACCCUCUCGGGCGGCGUCGGCGACAUGACGUGGGGGUCUCGACCGAACCAGGAGAUUGACAGGAUGUGGGAAGAGAUCACCAGCGAAUCCUCGAUCCCAGUGACCGAGUCGGAUGUCAUCGCCAUGAAGAAGGACCCUUCGGUCGCCGCGAUGCUGCCCGAGGAGUACCAAACCGGGAACGAAAAGACCUACCUGGGCCACGCGCUCGUCUUCCACCGGCUUCACUGCCUGAACUACAUCCGAAAGGCACUUUACAAGGAUUACUAUUAUCCAAACGGCACGGACGAGGUUCCGAUGCAUGAGCAUCACAUAGCACACUGCAUAGCAAUGGUCCUGGACCACAUCACCUGUGCCGGAGAUCCUGGGGUCUACGUGUAUCAAUGGUAUGACCAUACAGAUAUUCCGCUGCCCGACGCCAAUACGUGGGGCAAGUGCUGGGACUUCAAGCAGUUCCGAAAGGAUUUCGACAAGAUUGCUCUGAAGGACUUGAACCCCUUUCAGAUGGUGAAGCCGCCAGGGGCCAAGUCGGUGACCGAGCACAACAAUCUGCAGGAAGUCAUCUAUAAGACGGCCCAAGAGAAAACUCACAAAAAUUCAUAGGUAGGGAAACCAUGCAAAAAGUAGGUGGUUGUGGUGCUAGGCGUCCAGCCGGAUUCUGGUCUCUGAUAUCCCGGACUUGUGGCGUCUCAGUAGGUACUUUGGAAUUGAUCAUCACUCGAAACGGAAUCC